AUGCACUCAAUACAGGCGCAGCACUCGUACGCCGUCAUACAGAUGCUGAUGACCCACUUGGACGACGUGUGCCGGGCGAAGGACAUGCCGCCCGACACGCAGAUUAAGGUGCGCACCGGUAUUGUGAACGUGUUGUCGCAGAUCGUGUCCAUAUCGGCGUCCGAGUCGAUCGGGCCCUCCGUCCUCGAGAUGAUUAACUCGCUGUUGCGGCACUUGAGGCACUCCAUCGGUCACUUGCGCGACGCCCGGCACCGGGACCUCGAGAUGGAGUUCCAGGAGAUGGUGAUCCACACGUUGGGCGAGUUCGCCAACAAUCUGCCCGACUAUCAGAAGAUCGAGAUCAUGAUAUUCAUCAUAUCGAAGGCCCCGCCGGCGCCGCCCACCGGCACCACCGCCCCCACCGACACGCAGUUGCAGACCAUUAUACUGAAGAGUCUACUGAAGGUGACCACAAAGUAUCGUACGGUGCAUAUGGCGCAGGCGUUCCCCACGGCUUUCCUGCAGCCGCUGCUGUCCCGCUCGCUGGCGGCCGACCCUAACGUGCGGCUCACUGUCCAACAGAUCUUCCAUCAGCUGCUGGACCGGCACAACAACCUGCCGAAGCUGUCCCGCGCGGUGUCCCUCUCGUCGCCCGACCCGUUGACGAUAGGGAAGGCUGACCGCCAGGACCUGAUGUUCAUGAAAAAGCACGGCCCGGAGCUCCUGCUCCACGUCUACGAGUCCGUACAGCUGGCGAACAACACCGGCGACAAUAUGGCCGCCAUUUACGGCACGUUAGCCCUGCUGUGCGUCGAGUUGAACAGCGAGGAGACGCUGACGGAGCUGUUGAGGCUGACGCUCGCCGUCCAGGAGUUGGCCGCCGCCAAGGGCUCGCCGCUCACCGACGACCACAAGUCGGCCAUACACUGCCUGUGCGCCGGGUUCUUGCAUUUGGUGGGCGACCUCAUAGCCAUUCCGGCGUUUUGUGCGCACAUCGAGACUGUCAUCAAGACGCGGGCCGAGAGGACGCCGUGGUUUCUGCCGGAGUUCGCCAGCCAUCGCGGCGCCGAUACCAAGUCGUCGGCCGCCACCCCACUGGCCAAACAGCGCCGGGACGUGAGCGACGCGAGCCCUGCCGUCAGCCCACCCGACGAACUGAUGGAUGAAUUGAUGUUCAAUAAAGCGAUUAUAACGGAAGCGCUUCAGAGCAGCGGACACGACAUCAGCGCACUGUUGACGCCCUUCGCGCCCAGACAUGUCGUCGACGCCUCGAUGACCCGGAGUAUCAGCGAUCUCAACGCCAUUACCGUCGAAGUCGAUAGCGUCAACUCGUCGCCUGGUCUGCCCCGAAGGCAACCGGAAGAGGAGAUUACGUUCGAGUCGUUGCGAAAGAUAAUUAACGAGCCGUUGAGCGCCAAACACGACGAGCUCGAGAUGAAGAGGUUGCAGAUCGUGGACCGGUUCCGGAACGCCUCGUUCCACGACCUCAUCGCCCGAUACGAGCGAAAGUCAAACGACUUGCAACAGAAGCUGUUGGAGGCGUUGGCCAAGUAUUCCAGUCAACAGACAAUCGACGCCAGAGCGCGACCCCAGUCGGAGGCGCCGUCCGAAGGGGGCCUCCCAGAGGACAGCGAGUUCGUCGACUGCGUGGACAGCGUUAUCGGCGGUAUGGGAGGCGACGAACUGGCGGUGGCGCCCACUCCGACGCCACCCGUGACCGCCGCCACCGACGCCCACAAGGAGUGGCACAUCUACGACAACCCGCUGAAGGAGCUGUGCGUCGAGUCGUACGCCGCGGGCGUCGCCGGCAACGGGUCGGCGGCCGUCGGACCACCGCUUUUCGCCAUGAAAUUCCCCGAACUCUUCGUGUAUUAGACCGACUCCUCCGUCGGUGUCUUUCCACACGUUUUUGUUUCCAUAGCUUUAAAUGAAUCGUUGAAUCAGUUUAUAGUACUAUUUCAUAGCGGAUAUGAAGUCAUUAGAGAUAUAUAUAAAUAUACUGUUAAACCAAAUGAGAAUAAAAUCUUAUAUUUAAUUCUUUGCGACAAAAUAA